AUAAAAAUGAUAUCUUAUUUUCUCUCUUACCCUUAAAAUCUGAUUUAUCGUGCUCCCUCUCUCUCCCUCCCUCUCCCUCUCCCUCUCCCUCUCUCUACUGAUCAUCACCAUAAAGAAGACAUAUAUGGAGGAGCCAAAAUGGUUGGAAUGUCUCCUAAGAACAAACUUCUUCAACAUAUGCCCUCGACACCGCGAGACACCGCGAAAUGAGUGCAACAUGUUCUGUCUUUCUUGUCAAAACGCUGCGUUUUGCUUCUACUGCCGCUCAUCCUUCCACAUUGACCAUACCGUCCUUCAGAUUAGAAGAUCGUCGUAUCAUGAUGUGGUGAGAGUGUCGGAGAUAGAGAAUGUAUUGGACAUAAGAGGAGUGCAAACUUAUGUAAUCAAUAGUGCGAGGGUUCUCUUCUUAAACGAGAGACCUCAACCUAAGAAUCCCUCUCAUGGCGCCACGUCUUCCUCCCCAAAAACCAUUUCUUAUUUCUGUGAGACUUGUUGCAGAACCCUUCUUGAUCCUUUUCGCUUCUGUUCCUUGGGUUGCAAGGUUGAAGAAAUGAGGAAGAAUAAGAAAGAGGAAGAAGAGAGAUUGCGUAAAGAAAGACAACAAGAAACGCACAAAGGCACGCAUCCUCCAACUCAUACUUCUUCUAAUUCUAGGCGACGAAAAGGCAUUCCUCAUAGAGCUCCUUUUGCCUCCUAAUUUUAAUCAAUCUUUUUCAAGAAAUAACAAAAUAAAAGGUUACCUUUUGAUUUAUUUAAUCCAAUUUAUAAUGGUCCACCCAAGUUAGCAUAAUAUAUGCGUAUUGGGUGGGUGUAUUAUAUAUUCCCAAUUUAUACAAUGUCCAGCUCACUUCUCACAAUCAUCUCACAUGGAAACAACAAUUUGUAUAGAAGAAAAUCGUAAUUUCACUUUCUUUGUCAACAUUACCUACCUUUCUAUAACCCUUUUCUAAUUUUUAU